AUGCCUGGGAAAAUGCGGGACAAGCGACCACUAGUUCAGGACCACUUGAUUCUGGACCCCCAAAAUCAAUGUCUCAACCGGCUGCCAGUGUCUGUACCAGGACGCGGUGCCGCUGAACCAGAAUCAAGAGCCACCCGCCAUAUGGGUGUUGAGGGGGAGGAGUAUGAUUCUGCCCGAAGGAAGACGUCCCUGCAGGAGAUCCGAUCUGUUGGGAGGCGGGAAAUGGGUACCAAUAGGCUGGAUAAGGAUCCUGAUGUAUUGAGGCAUAUAUGCCAGCAACCAUACAAGCGCACGUUACCCUGGAGGGUAGAGCGAGUGUACUUGAUUCGAGACGACUAUGCCGCGGUUGUCCUUUUGGUUUCCAAGCACGGUAUUUUCGGCAUGGAUAUGAGAGGCAAGGCGCUAUUGAAUAUUUCUGUGGAAGGUAGUGAGAGUUCAGCCGUUUAUCACGAGCCAACCAGGAAUGAUGCAGCCGCUACAGGCCCUGCGCCCGCUACAGCCGCCAACCCAUGGCUGAUAUCUUGGGACAGAAACAUACUGUGGAUACAUGGGUAUGGCCGUCUGCACAUUCUUGGUCUUUCGACACAGGAGUAUGUUUGUCUACCGGAACCGAACCGACCCCCCGAGUCUCUAAGGGUCUACUGGAAUCCCCGCAAUCUGUGUUUGCUGUAUUGGGAGGAGAAGCAAAGUUGUCCUGUCCAAACAAGUCUGAGUAUAGUGGAGUUGUCUAGCAGGGGUGUUAUCUCCCGACGGGAGGUUACAGAUGAGUUGUUAGAUCUUAAGGACAUUGAAGACCGACUGCCCGCGGGCCUCUCACCUCCUAAGGAAGUCUUUGUGAUUCAAUCUGUGUACGAGUCAUCUGAUAUAAUAUCACGACCGGAUGGCGAGGGGGUCGUUGGUCAGGUGCUGAGGGUGAUCCAGGGCCAAGCUUACGGCCCGGCCCCUUUAGGCUUCAUUGUUACAACCAGAAAUGCUGAUGGUAUCAUCACAAGUAGCGUCAAUGGCGACCCGGAACUUACUAAGUUAGUGCUAGUGCCGUCACGUCUAACCAGAUCCGGCGUUAUAUCCCCGCCGGAUCCCACUAAGUGGACCAACGAAAAAACGAGAUCUAGUGGAGACAUGAGUCAUCAGAUACCGGACCAUCAGAUCCCGGACCAUCAGAUCCCGGGCCUAGAGAUGUAUGCUAUAGCCAGGAGACUGAUCGAUACUGGUUUAACUGACAACGAAAUUUCGUCAGAAUUCUAUUGGCUCAAUAACUUGGAUCCACCGGGGGGAAACAAUAAUAGAUCGAGGACAGAUGAGGUUUGGUGGAAGAAGAAUGUGAACUGGAGUUCUGUGGAUAGUUUUACUCGUUUAUUUUAUUUGCUGGCAGUUCUAGACAAAUGGGGUUUGGCGUUGUCGCAGGAGGAGGAGAAGUCAACUGCCCCAGAAGCUGAAUGUUUGGAUGAAAUAAUGUUAGUGUUAGAGGAGCUGGCUUAUCUUUACAAUACGAGGCAUCUUUCGGUUCCAUCGGAGUUGAUUGAGAACUUUUCAUUACUGGUUUAUAGAGAAUUUCUUCCUACGGAGUUGAGUCGGCGAGUUUAUUGUUAUUUGUAUUCGCGGUUCGAUUACCUGCUUUUGAAUCAGCAUUGGAGCUUAUCAGGAGUCAGUAACGGUGAUGUGUUGGGAGCCCGGGAGCGGUCGACAAGUUGGUGGUUGCAUGAUCGGAAUAUAACGGAGUGUUACGAGGCUCUGAAGUCAGUGGCGAGCUCGAUGUCGUGGUCGAGUGUAAUACGGCUUGUGAACAAGGCCGCAGCCUACAAGUUCCUUCAGGUACCGGGGGGUGGCGUGGCCGGUCAGUCUUUGCGUUUCUCACAAUUAAUGAACAUUCCGUGGGCAGAAUUUACGGAUGCGAACCAGAUCGGAUUCCCGUGGGGAAAGCACGGCCCCUGCAAUCGGCUGGACCUGUUCCUGGAUCUGUUAUGCGGUUGCAAGAAUGCCGCCGCAGCCUCCGUCGGCUCAGUAAGUCUGACGGUGGACCAGCUGCUCACACUCUACCGACUGCGGACGUUUCCGGAGGUGGGCGCUUUAACCAAGCUAUUUGAAUUCAGUCACAACACACGGUCCGAGAUCUACGAGGGCAAGAUCAACCACGCACUGAAACAGGAGAACAUCUCCGGAGACGUCCUCACCUGCUGUCUCUGGGCCAAAUUACGUCUUGCUUACUACCUUUCUGGCGCCCUUAUCGGCUAUGCCGUCGCAGGACGUACAAAAGAACUGGAACAACUCGUCCCUUCCGUUAAACACGUUCUGUACUAUCUCAAACUCAUACCCAUCGGUCAAUACCAGACCUUCCUCAGUGGACUCACGGAGAAUGGUGCUUACAUACUCGAUGGAAUCCUCGACCACUCCGACGAACUGGAUUGGUACCAUGACAACGUCGAAAACAAAAAAAGUCCUGUGGUCAACUACCUAUGUAUAUCGCUACUGCUUGCCUACGCUAUCACCGGACUCGCAGAUCCCAACGACUUUGCAAAAAUACUUUUCGGUACCUGCAACUCCAAGUCCUAUGCCGAAUGCCCCUGCAAUCAGGUCGACCUGGGCGAAGAUCUGGACUCACCUCCGCAUUACAUCUCCCUCGCUGGCAGACUCUCCCCCAGGACUGGAGACCGGGUCGAACAGGAAGCAGGCGGCUGCGCACGGCUUUCUGAAGCCGGCAAACGCUUCGACCUGAACAACCGAAAUCUUGACGCUGUGCAACCGACCGGGAGCCACCUCUCUGCUGCAGAACAUACCGACAACACGAGCACGCUAAGGGCCAAUGGCAUAGCCAGUGGUAUGGUUAACUUACAGCGAGUUCUUUCGCCUCCUCGGCCACCACAUUGUGACUCCAACGAGGAUGGUCGAGCAGAGCCGCAGGGGACUCAGCCGCAGGGGACUCAGCCGCAGGGGGCUCGGCCGGAGCCUCAGCGGGUUAGCGCAGAACCUCAGGAGGACACGGCACACGUCGCAGGGCGAGGCAGGUGUAAGCGGCAGGCCGCUGGACGCUCGACGAGCGACGAAGGGUCGUUUUUGAUGCAGCUGCACCGCAAAUACGACUUGAGUACUUUGCGUUCCACGGUCUACUUGUGUGCGGCUCUGCAUAGAUCGACGGGUGCCAGCAUGAGCGUUCUAAUGUCGUACCGGCUACUGGAGGAGUUGAAGUACCUCAUGCACGAGCCGCACAACAACGUUGAUCUGGUCAACCUCGACUGUCACGACCUGAACACCGACCAUAUCUCUUGGUACAAGAAAUUACACACCGAAGCCCUAAAGGCGACCAAGCGUCAGACCACCAUUCUGGGAGCAGCCCUGGGCAUUCACCUUGCUGCCUGCGAGCCGCCAUUGACGACUCUGAGCAAACACAUGCAGCCAAGCCGAAGCACAUCGGACGGUCGUCUCUCGGAUGGUCGUCUUUCUGAAAGUCGCUUUUGUGAAAGUGUUCUUUCGGAAAGUCGCGUUUGUGAAAGUCGUCUUUCGGACGGUCGGAGCGCGAGUUACGACGAGCUUUAUUUGUUCAAGUGGGCGUUCUUCCAGCGGUAUUGUGAGUUACACUUUUCAGAUGGGACUGCUCCGGAUUGGGAGGAUAGUUCUCUCGGCAGCACGUUAACGAUAGGCCAGGAGACGAACUUCCGGUUGCUGAUGGAACGGAGUCAGUUGUUCAUUUGGGGUGUCGGAUUCCUGAAUUGGGCCGCGUCGGAUUGGAGGAUUGCGGAAGUGACGCGUCCCUUGUUGUUCGACGACCAGUUGUUACUGCGUAACGCAGAGGCUGUGCUGCUGCGGUGUGUGACGUGGGGUCUGCUUAAUUGGACCUUUAUUAAUGCGGACGACCUGAAGCAAUUUGUUUACAUCCCUCUGCUGGACAUCACAGUGGACGGCCUGGAGGACCAUCCUCUGAUCCGAACCUCGCCGCUGUACGGUCUCUACCAGGAGAGGCUGGGUCUACGGAAGCGCAGAUACCGACUGCGAAAGGAGUCGCCCAAGCCGGAUUUACUGUCGCUGCAACACGCGGAAUUGCUGCGAGAAGGAUGCGAGAUACUCCGGCAACGCAUGACUGCCGUUGCGGAAAGUCUCCUAGCGGGGACCGGUGAACCCCCGAUCGAUGCAGGGCGCCUAGAGGAAACCCAUACCUUGGAGGCCAGUGCCGAUGACACCUGUUUGGGGGACGUGGGCAUGUCUGAAGGGAGGUCUUCCGUCUGUCUCGUUGCUCCACCCGGCAAUGAGGAGACCAGUCGCGAGGAUGUCAGCAGCUAUGUCACCGCCAUGACCGGACACGACGAGGUGACCGCUAUGGCCAUGGACGAAACGAAUAUGGGAACUGCACAGGACAGCCAGGGAUUUCCACCCGUUCCCUUCCUGAACGAAGCGUUGGCACCCGGGAAGGGCCCAGCUUUUCCUAGCGGCCAAAACCUGAACGAGCAGACGGCAGACGACCAGAAAUCUAAGAACCAAACAGUAGGCGACCAGAAGCCGGGGAGCCAGGAACUGGGUGAUCACCACCAAGAUCUAGAGGAUGAGGAUUUGGACGACCAGGAUCUGAAUGAACGGGUUAUUCGGGAGGGACUGGAGUUCCAACGAGAGCCACUGGAGAAGGAGGGUGUGUCGAGCCAGCAGUUACUGUCGUUGCACAUGGCUCUGGUGGCCGCCACGUCUUUUUUGCUGGGCUUGAAGUUCACCGGAAUGGACAACACGGUCGCUACGCAGUUCAUCUUGGAGGCUGGUACUUGGCUGCAUAGUGUUGCUUCGGAGUUAGUUUACGGCGUGUCGGAUACGAUGGUCUGGUUGGGGGAAUUGAGUAGGACACGGCUCUGUGGGAUUUCCGAGGCCGUCCAUGACCACGCACUAAAUGCAACGCUGGCAGGACUGGGACUAGUCGCAGCCGGUACAAAGGACUUGGUCGUCUUGAACGCCUUGGACUCAUGGUGCGGAAACGUCUAUGAAGACAGGUCGUUCGCUCUAUGGUUCCGCGCAGGACGAACUAAAGCCCUCAUACAGUCGGAAGCUCAACCUCGACAACCACAGACAGACAGACGAGCGAGGAAUGAGGAGUCGGACUCCUCUCAAUCAGACACAAGCAACCGUCCCGAUGUAAACACUAACCUAGAUGCCAACAAUCUAGAUGCCAUUGACGUCGAGAACAAACCCAUUGGUGACAAGACAAGGAUUGACAGAAAACGCUUGGCACUGGACAUCUUGGCUUCUCUGCCGAUGGGUGGCCACCUUGGUGACAACCGAGACCACCUCCAGAUUUUCGACAUGUUCUUCGACAUGGCCAGCGCUAAGAGCCAUCCCAUGAACCUCAUCCGUGUGGAAGGACUCCAAGAUGGCCGCCUCCUACUACGAAAGCAGGCGCCAGACGAUGUGUAUGUAAUGGACCCCAGCGAGAAUGUGCUUGCCCUAGCCGCUGUAUCAUCCAUUCCGUCCCAGUCCCUCAUCAACUGUUCCAACCGACGAGAUAGUCUGCACGUGGACAAGGCUCAAGCCAAUGUCACCUUUAUACAACCUUCAUAA